AUGGGGAACGCCAAGAGCAGUGCUAUUUCCAAGGAGAUCCUGGAGGACCUGAAGCUCAACACCAAGUUCACGGAGAACGAGUUGUGCCAGUGGUACGAGAACUUCCAGAAGCAGUGUCCCACCGGACGCAUCUCGCCAGAGGAGUUCGAGACGAUCUACGCACGCUUCUUCCCCGAUAGCGAAGCCAAGACCUACGCUCAGCAUGUGUUCCGUUCAUUCGACACCAACGAGGACGGCACUCUGGACUUCAAGGAAUACAUCAUUGCACUGCACAUGACCUCCAGUGGGAAGACGACGAGGAAGCUGGAGUGGGCCUUCUCACUGUUCGACGUGGACAAGAACGGAUACAUCACCAAGACAGAAGUGGAAGUCAUCUGCCAGGCCAUCUUUAAACUAAUCCCCAAGGAAGAUCUGCCCAAGUUACCGGCCGACGAGAAUACACCAGAGAAGAGAGCCAACAAACUGUGGGGAUUCUUUGAGAAACCAGACAACGACCGGUUGGCAGAGGGAGAGUUCAUCAAGGGGGUGACCGAGAACGAAAACGCCAUGCGUCUCAUCCACUACGAACCCAUCACUGACUAGUCAUCCCUUCUUCUUUACCUCUUUCUCCUUCACACACUAUUUCUUCCUCUCAUCCUCUAUCUUUGUCAUUGUAUUCUAGUGUUCUGUCUUUCUCUUCUGUGUAAAUACUCUUGUAUUGCGGUGUCUUAAUUGUCUUCACUGUACCUUCUGAGAAAGUAGGGGUUUAUGUUGGUUAAAGUAUAAAGUAUGAGUAUGUCUGUUAAAGUAAAAGUAUGUUAAAGUAUGUCUGUCUGUGCAUGUAUAUCUAUUGGAUUG